AGGGCCUGGAGAGACAGUGCCGCGGCCCCUUUAAGGGCUUCUUCACCUGCAGAACGGACGUGACCCGGGGGCGGCGAGGGACCUGGAAGUGGAAGCGGCGGGCAGCACCGACCCGGAAGUGCAUGGUGUGAGGGUCAAUAUGCCGCUACCCGUUCAAGUCUUUAAUUUACAGCAGCCGGCGAGCACUGUGUCAGGGCAAGGGGGUGCAGAGAGUCAGGACAGAAUGAGGGAUAGUUCAGUUCCAAGCUCAGCUUCCUCGUCAGUGACAGAUCUAUACAACACGCCCCGCAGCAGUAGGUCAGACCUCUUCCUCCCAGGCACAUCUGGAGACUUCAGCCUGAGUGCCUGCUUGUCAGCCUGCACCCUGCUCUAUGAGGGUGCAGUAGAGCCCAUGCAGAUUGAUGUAGACCCCCAAGAAGACCAGCAAAAUGCACCUGAUAUCAACUAUGUGGUGGAGAACCCGACUCUGGAUCUGGAACAGUAUGCAGCAAGUUACAGCGGCCUGAUGAGGAUCGAGCGGCUGCAGUUCAUUGCUGACCACUGCCCGCAGUUGCGCAUUGAAGCCCUCAAGAUGGCGCUCUCAUUUGUCCAAAGAACAUUCAAUGUUGAUGUUUAUGAAGAAAUCCACCGGAAGCUGACUGAAGCCACCAGAGAGCUACAGAAUACGCCUGAUGCCGUCCCAGAUGGAGGAAUAGAGCCCCCUCCUCUAGACACAGCUUGGGUUGAGGCUACACGUAAAAAAGCUCUUCUCAAACUGGAAAAGUUGGACACGGAUCUAAAAAACUAUAAAGGGAAUUCAAUCAAGGAAAGCAUCAGGAGAGGCCAUGAUGACUUGGGUGAUCAUUAUCUUGACUGUGGGGACCUCAGCAAUGCCCUCAAAUGUUAUUCGCGAGCCCGUGAUUACUGCACCAGUGCAAAGCAUGUUAUUAACAUGUGCCUCAAUGUUAUCAAGGUCAGUGUUUAUCUUCAAAAUUGGUCCCAUGUCCUGAGCUAUGUGAGCAAGGCAGAGUCCACACCAGAAAUUGCAGAGCAAAGAGGAGAACGUGACAGCCAGACACAAGCAAUCCUCACCAAAUUGAAGUGUGCUGCAGGCUUGGCUGAACUCGCUGCCCGGAAAUACAAGCAGGCGGCAAAGUGCUUCCUGUUGGCCUCGUUUGAUCACUGUGACUUCCCUGAGCUGCUCUCUCCUAGCAAUGUGGCUGUGUACGGUGGCCUGUGUGCACUAGCCACCUUUGACCGUCAGGAACUGCAGCGCAAUGUCAUCUCCAGCAGCUCCUUCAAACUCUUCUUGGAGCUGGAACCACAGGUCCGUGACAUCAUCUUCAAGUUCUACGAAUCCAAAUAUGCUUCAUGCCUGAAGAUGCUGGAUGAGAUGAAGGAUAACCUGCUACUGGAUAUGUACCUGGCACCUCAUGUGAGAACACUUUAUACGCAGAUCCGAAACCGGGCCCUCAUCCAGUAUUUCAGCCCCUAUGUGUCGGCAGACAUGCGCAAGAUGGCCACUGCCUUCAACACCACAGUGGCAGCUCUGGAGGAUGAGCUCACCCAGUUGAUCCUAGAGGGACUGAUUAAUGCCAGGAUAGACUCUCACAGCAAGAUUUUAUAUGCACGAGAUGUUGAUCAGCGCAGCACCACCUUUGAGAAGUCCUUGCUGAUGGGGAAGGAGUUUCAGCGUCGCGCCAAGGCUAUGAUCCUGCGAGCAGCUGUCCUGCGUAACCAGAUCCACGUGAAGUCUCCUCCAAGAGAAGGAAGCCAAGGUGAACUCACUCCAGCAAAUAGCCAGUCUCGAAUGAGCACCAAUAUGUGAAGCUCUCUGAAUCAUCCAAAGACUCUCCCUCACCCACCCAGGGCCAUGUGUAUCCAGCGUCCAAGCCACCAACUACCCCUUGGUGCCUUUUCUGUCUCUCUGGGUGUGGGAGGGCCAGGACUGCCCAGGGGCAUGCCUCUAGAGUCUGAUGAUUCCUUUUAGAACAGAAACUUCCAUUAGAUGCAGCAUCUCAAGAAUAUGCAAGCAUGUGAUUGCUGGGUGCAUCGUCUCCUUCCCCAGGGUAUUUCCCAAACAGAGGCUGAUCUUGGGUUCCUCCCACUGCCAAAAGAGCUUUGUGGUUUCCAUUCAGUAAAGGAGUCUAGUGUGUGCUGAGGGACAAGUCUAUUCCAAGGAACUUAGAUGUGGAAUCCAGCUGAAAUAGAGUCCCUCUUGGGCAGUACCAGUAGGAGAACUGACAUCCUUUCCAUCUAUUCACUUCAAGGCUUGUGUUUGCAUUUGCCCUGGGUCAGCUCCACUUCAAUCUGUUCUUCCCUUUUUAAAGCCUGUGUUCUGGCUUGUUCUCACACCCCAUGUCCUGGUUUUUGGCUAUUGUUUUUGAUCUUCCUCAUCCAGAUUUACUGCUGUAGUGUAUGGUGGCUUUCUAGCCUUGCUGGGUACCAGUAAAGUGGGCAAAAUGGCUUGGAAAUGCCUCCAUCUGCAUCUGGGCAAGACUCUGCCUGGCUCUCUGCGUGCCUGGCACCCACUUCUUAUUUAUCCUUUAUAAAAAGGGGUUGUGGUCACAGGCCAGACUCAAAUUGUGUUAUGUUGAUGAGCGUAGUUUAAAUGUUGAAUAUUCUGCAGUUAUUUCCAUUUGGGUUCAUUUAUUGGGGUUCAUCCCAGGGACAAAGUUGCCAAUUUGGACCUAGCCCUUAAACAACUCAAAGAGAUGGUCUACAAACACUGUUAAUGCUAUUUAGUUUAAAACAAAGUUUUCUCUUAUGCAUUAAAAAGCAUAAUUGUAAAGAUAA